GAAGCUCUGCAUUGUAUUUUUUUCCCUUGGAAAUUACAUGUGUCCCUUUCUGACAGAAUUAAACUUUUUGUUUGCCAGAGCAUUCUGGCUUUAGGAUGGUUGUACAGAGUAUGUUUUCAGUGUGGCUUCAUACUUUGUUAUGGCCUGGCAACUUGUUGAAGUGGGAUGGGACAAAACUUGGAAUCAGGACUCCUUGCUCAGCUAGUUAUUUGCUAUGCACAUUAUUUCACCUCUCUAAGCCUCAGUUUUCUUAUCUUUAAAAUGGGGGAAAAUGUUUACUUCCCAGAUAGGUAUGUGCACAAUGAGGGCGUGUUAAGCACCUAGCAGCACAAUGCCUACCCCAUGGCCAAUGUUUAGUAAAUAUUGCUCUGCCUUCCCUCCCUACUCCGCAUUGAACAGCAGUUUUUACUUUAACUGAUGAUUUCUGACGAGGAGAACCCUGACUUUUAUUAGGCUUGGCGAACUGACUGAAAGGGCAGCAUCACUUAGGAAGUUUUGAUGACCUACAUCUCUCUUGUGGCAUAAGGAACGGGAGCUUAAGUUCAGAGAAAUGAAACUUGGAUUUAUUUUACUGCAGUUUAGAAAACUAGUCUUGAUAAUUUAAAAUAGCCUUGGCUAGGGAAUUUCCUGACGGUCCAGUGGUUAGGACUUGGUGCGCUCACUGCAGCGGGGCCCCGGGUUCCAUCCCCGGUCAGGGAACUAAGAUUCUGCAAGCCGGGCGGCACAGCCAAAAAAUAAAAAAAGCCUUGGCUUAUACCAGUUUAUGUACAUAGAAACAUGUUAGGUGGAGUGUUGGACUUAGAUAUUAAGGUACAUUCAGGAUGUGUUUUGAUGAAAUUCAGCAUAUUAUUGUAUUUUGGGAUAGUUGUACUAGCUUAAUAUUAGAGCCAAGAGGUGGAAAAUCAUCGGGUAUACAUUCUGUAGGGAUAAGAGUUUUUCUGGACUUUGAACCAAUAAGGAAACCUGCAGAGAAGGAAAGGGGUGGAUAUUCAAAAUCAGACACAGGCAAGAGCAAAGGUGCAGAGAAAGGUGUGUUCAUGGCAUUUCUGGGUGAUGGAGGAAUAGGCCAUCUGGAGCACAAGGUUGAUUUUGGUGGCAGCAGGUCAGGUUUGGAAAGGCCAGAUUAGAUUAGAUUUUGGAGGGUUUGAAUGUUAAGGAGAGGAGGGCUUUCAUUUUUAUCCUCUAGGCAGUAGGGAGCCAUUGAAAAUUUUUGACAUAAACAAAGUGGUGUAUUAUGAAGAUAAGUCUGUAGAGUGGGUUGGAAACAGGAAAGAUUGGAAGGUAAGAAACCAUUAGGGAAUGGGUUCAUUUGGAUCUGGAAUGGGAUACUAAUUGUGGACAGGUGAAAGAGGAAUUAAUGUGAGUGGUGUUAAAAAGAAAUGAUUGAUAGGACCAGGUAAUGAUUGAUUCUGAGAUAUGAAACAGAAGGUAGAAAUAACUUUCCAUAUUUUGAGCCUGGGCAAAUGAUGCUUGUGUCAUUGACAGAAAUAAAACAAACUGGAGGUGGAACAAUUUGUGGAGAAAGUGAUGCUUUUGACUUUGGCUGGGUUGAGGUGAUGGGGGACUAUCCAUAUGGAAAUGUAUAGAAUUUAGUUGAGAACAUUUCUUUUUACCUAUUUUAUUGGACAUUUUCGAACAUAAAGGUAGAGUAGUGUAAUAAACCCCAUUUUUCUAUUGCUCACCUUCAGUGAUGUUCAACAUUUUGCCGUUCUUUUUCAUUUUUUUCCCAACUAUUGUGGGGAGGCUGGGGGUGCAUUUUAAAGUAAAUACCACACAUUCAAUUGAAGACUUUUUAUGUCUAUCUGUCCCUCACAUUUUUAUUUGUAAGUUUAUAUUUUGUACUAAAACCCAUUUUUUGUUUUAGUCCAGUAUAAUAUAUGUUUACUGUGGAAAGUUUGGUUAUAGAGAAAAAUGUUGGGAAAACAAACCAUCUGUAAUCCAACUUUCAAGACAUAACCACUGCUAGUAUAUGGCCAAGCUGAGUUUAUAGUUUUAUAAUUACAUUGUCUGAUUUAGAAUGUGAUUACAUUAAUGCUAGAUCAUGUUGCUCAAAAUUAAACAAGGUUGUUUCCGUCUCCGGGCUAUUGUAAAUAGAGCUGCAAUGAACAUUUUGUGGGUAAUUCCAGAAUUGGUUGGCCAUACUAUUGUCACUGUAUUAAUGCUCAUUUCAUUGCACUGGUUCAUCUUCCUUCUCAACUUGCCUGUUGCCACUUGGAAUAUAUAUCGGUUCGUUAUGGUGCCAAGUGGUAACAUGGGAGUGUUUGAUCCAACAGAAAUACACAAUCGAGGGCAGCUGAAGUCACACAUGAAAGAAGCCAUGAUCAAGCUUGGUUUCCACCUGCUCUGUUUCUUCAUGUAUCUUUAUAGUAUGAUUUUAGCUUUGAUAAAUGACUGAAGCUGGAGAAGCCGUAGUUGAAGUCAGCCCACACUACAGUGCACAGUUGAGGAGCCAGAGACGACUUAAAUCAUCCUUAGAACCAUGACCAUAGCAGUAUAUUUUUUCCUCUUUGAACAAAAAAUAUUUUUGCUGUAUUUUUACCAUAUAAAGUAUUUAAAAAACAUGAAUUGAGUUUUUGUAGCGUUCUGGUUCUCAACUUUAGCCUGCACCCCAACGUGUGAAGGUGUUUUUCAUCAUCUGUAUGUUGAAGAUAGUUAUCUGUGUGUAGGAACAGGACUGUCAUGCCAGCCUUGCAUGCCAAAGAAACAGAGGACACGCUUUAAAGGGAAAAUGUAAUAGGUGAGCAAAGUGGCUCUUCAGGUCUACUGAGAAGUCAGAGUACAAAGCGAUACUGUUAGUCUGGGCAAAGGAAGAAAGAAACUAAACUACCCUUUUGUCUAUAUUGCGGCAGCUUCCUGUAUUUAAUAUGGUUUACAGAUUUAUGGGACUGUAAGCCAAUGUCUUUUCACAAGAAUGUUAACAGAAAAUGACAUUUCAAAAAAUAUAUAUUUCUUUGCUGAAUUUGUGAACCCUUAUAAGCCAUUACACAUACGAUGUAAUUCCUGCUUAUAGAAAGGAAAAUAAACCAAAAAAGCAAAACUUUA